AUGACGUUCACUUCAAGGUAUUCAUACAUUCGCCAACUUUUGACACCUCACCCUUCACUUAUUUACACUUUUAAAUUUUGGAUUAAUGGUAGUUGUAAAAUCACCCUUUUCCCUGUUUUUCAAAAGGGCCUCUCAUACAAUCAGGCGGGGUUUCAAGCCCUGGGCCCCCGCUGCCGUUGGCACAUUCGCUUUUCUGAUCAACAUGGCAGGAUACUUUAUGUUCAACUACAAUUCCAAGGACAAGAAGCUGGAACACUAGGGGAGCGGCCAUUGGCCGCCGAUCUAUCGCAAGACGCCAAAAGGCAAAUUUUAGCUUAA